AUGGCCGAACUAGCUGCGAUAGCUCUGGUCGGCAACAUACUCCAGUUCGCCGAGUUAGGCAUCAAAUUGACCAAAACUGCACAAAGAGCAUAUAAAUCGACAUCAGGCCUUAUCCAAGAAGACGAAGAGUUUCUCACCGACACCGAACGAUUGAAGAAGUUAGUCGGUCUGAUUGAUCAGGGUCAAUCAAAUCCUGAAGAUGUACGACAGGCUAGUAUUGACGAGAAUUUGCGUCAAACAGCCAAGGCCUGUGACGAAUAUGCCUCACAACUUGAAACCCUUCUUGGCUUCUUACGUCGGAGACCUGGAGAGUUGAGAGCAUUAGAAGCUAUAAGGACUGUGAUGCUAAGGCGGCUUAGGAAUACGGAGAUUCAAGCUUUGGAAGGAAAGUUGAUCAAUGUGCAAAUAAAAUUAUUACUUGCUUUGACAACUUCAUCACAUUCCCGACAAUCAUCAGCUCUAGUUGCGAUACGUGAGCUGAAGCAUCAGAAUGCUGUGUUAGAAGCAAACACAACCACAAAACUUGAAUCCAUUGAAUCUCUCAUUCAAGGUAUCAAUCUGAAGAAAGAAGGCACAAGUAACGCUACCAAGAUGGUCAUUUCUCAUCUGGACAAUCUCGUCGUCGAAGCACAGCGCGUCAAGAAGCAUCAUAACUUUCUCAAAAGCCUUCGAUUUAGGGAGAUUAAGCAACGACACAGUGCCAUCCAGGACCAUCACAAAGCCACAUUCAAAUGGGUCUUCACUAAAGGACAAACUGGAUUUCGGGAAUGGCUUGAGGACGGUAGUGGCUUCUUCUGGGUCAAGGGCAAGGCUGGAAGUGGAAAGUCGACACUGAUGAAGUUUAUCGCUACUCACGACGAUACACAAUCGCUGUUGCGUACCUGGGGAGGUGAGCGAAGGGUUAUCACAGCCAGUCACUUCUUCUGGAAUGCGGGACUGUCCAUGCAAAAGUCACUUACUGGGCUAUUCCAAACAAUUUUGUAUCAAGUUCUCAGAGAAUGUCCUGAGCUUAUUGACAUUAUCGACAAUCCACAACAAGAGUCUUCGACCGAGUCUAGUCUUUACGACUCUUGGGAUGACAAGGCUCUUUUCCGGGCUUUCGAACAGCUCUCAUCUCAAAAGUCUCUACCACUGCGCUUUUGUUUCUUCAUCGAUGGCCUUGAUGAGUACACUGCUGGGGCGCAUCGAUAUACAGGAACAUUUGAGGAGCUUCUAAGUCCGUUGAGGGUUCUUGCGUCGUCCAACUCCAUCAAGAUAUGCGUCUCUAGUCGACCCUGGGAUGCUUUCGAUCGAGAGUUCAGCCAUGUCAAGUGGAAGCUGCAACUCGAGGACUUGACUAGAGAAGAUAUAAGGCGUUAUGUGAAGGAAGAAUUAGGUGUUCAUCCAAAAUUCCGGGAGCUUUCUGAGAUGGACCCACGGUGCUCUGAGAUAAAGGAUACCAUCGUCAAGAGGGCACAAGGCGUGUUUCUUUGGGUUUAUCUCGUAGUUAACUCUCUCAAGAGAGGAUUACUGAAGGACGACAACUACACAGAUCUACAAAGUCGACUGAAUGAGCUUCCCGAUGACCUACAGAGAUACUUCGAACACAUGUUGCAGUCCAUCGAGACCAUCUAUUGGGAUAGCACAACUAGGAUCUUCAGAACGGUCAUCGCUGCGGAACAAUCUUUACCAUUACUUGCCUUUGAACUUUUGGAUCGCGAAAUGGACGAUCCUGAUUAUGCUUUGACGAUGCAAGCAAGCCCGUUGACCGAUGUCGAAAGCGGGGCUAUAUGCAAACGAUCAAACACAAGACUCAAUGCUCGUUGUGGCGAUUUACUGUACGUCACUGUGAACCCAACCGAAACCGGAUUGUUCAAGAGUCAAGUGGACUUCCUGCACCGAACUGUCAGAGAUUUCUUCCUCGACACUGGUGUUAUAGACGACAUGAUUCAAAAGCGCCCCACAGAGAAGUUUGACCCUCACUUGUCGCUCUGUAGGAUCAUGCUUGGUCUCAACAAGGUCAUCAUGCCGGACGAAAACUCUUCACAGGUUUAUAAUCAGCUGUAUGUCAUCGCCGAUGGUCUAAUGCAUUAUGCUCGAAACGUCGAGGAACCAUUCAAAAGGCAGGAAGAGGAUGGAAUGGCUGAACAUGAUAGGACAAGCUUAGAGCAAGUUUUCAAAAUCCUUGAUGAGCUGGACCGCACGAAUUGCGAAGGUCUUAAUCAUCUCGGAGUUCACUGGACAAACAUAAAGGAUUCUCCACUAGGCACGUUUCGAGAGGGACGCAAUAAAACCUUUCUUGCAGCGACGAUACAGGCGCGGUUGGCUUUAUAUACCGCAGACCGCUUAAAAAGGAACCCUGCCGAGAUCCGGCAAAAGGGAGGCCGUCCUUUAUUGGAUUACGCCCUCAGGCCAACAAUGGUAACGCCUCUCCAAAUUAUUCAUCUAGAACAAGGACCGGUGUUACCGAUUGUCGAACUUCUCCUGGACUUGGGUGCUGAUCCAAACGCGGGUAUAUAUAUCUACGAGAACAGGACACCGUGGGAGCUAUUUCUGGAAAUGUGUCACCAGCACACUAAACAAGAGAUCAAGUCGGAGCAUCUUCUUGAUGAUAUUGGACGUGCAAUGGAACUAAUGGUACAAGGGGGUGCGCGAACGGAUGGGUUAUUCAAAGUUUCUUAUAGUACAUCUCUGAAGUUGAUGGUUAUUGCUGGCAGAAUUGGGUUACCACAGCAUUUCGUGAACAGUAUCGAGGAGGUAGUUGAGAACAAAGAGCAAGGCCGUUCUUUUCUGUCUCGCAUGCUUAGGUGGAACUAG